AAAUGGUAAAUUACUAGUGAAAGUUUUAAACCAAAUAAGCGAUAAUUAAGUUAUUAUUAUGUCUCAAUUGAACGAUGAUCAUUUAAAUUAAGUAUUAGUCCAGUAUGAUUGCAAGUUCCCGAUGAUUCAAUUAGUGACUCAUGUUAAUUAAUAUGCUAUCUGGAUUCUCGGAUAACAAGCGAGGACAUAUGACAAAUCGCAUAUUUACCAUCUCGUAAUCUUGACAGUCUGCGGCUCACAUAUCCAAGUUCAAUGAGCAAUAUAAAGGUCGAAAUAUGUAAAACUCAAGCCGAAAUAGAAGAGGCUUUCAAUAUUCGCUUGGCUGUCUUCACGAAAGAAUACGAUCAAGUUGCCAAUGAGCUGAUAGACGACAUCCUUGACAAUCACGCCAUUCAACUUCUCGCCAGAGAUGAGGAUGGGUCUGCUGUAGGUAGCGUAAGACUUCAACCUUAUCCCCAAGAUAUCGAGAAGUUAGAAGCUAGGGCUCUUAGACCAGCAACAGAGGAGGAAACAGUGAAGCUUUUUGAUGGUAUUGAAGGUGGUCGCUUCGCCAAUUUGGCAGUAAAACCAUCAGCUCGUAACAAAGGCGUUGCUGCCACGCUAAUCAAGUUUUGUGAGGAUUACAUAAAGGCACGUGCUAAACCAGGUACCUCUUAUAUACGCUUCAGAUCUCACUAUCGGAUCCAUCCGCUGUAUAUCGCAAAGUUUGGUUACGCAGUUGACUCGGAGAGGUUCACCACAUCAUGGAAUCAAGAUUUGGUGUGGAUGUACAAAAAGCUUUAAGGUUCUCUAUACUUUUAUCUAAAUUAAGAGUGUACAUCUUGAUUUUAUAAGGAAAGACAAUAUUUUGCUAAAUAUGGUUAAAAUUCGCGAUCAUAAUUUUAAUUGGAUAUCAUAUAUCACUUCUUUCUUUUAAUCAUCAUAAGGAUAUUUCACAAGGUUACCAAAGUUUCUUCCCCUUUAGUAGGUUCCAUUCGUAUUUGAUAAGUUUCAACUCGGAUAAGAGUGGAAACCUUCCUGAUUUUAAAACAGUGAGAAUAU